CAUACAUAUACAGGCCGAACAGAAUCAUCAUUAUAUGUAGCUUAGAAAUGAAGUUGGGUGUGGCAGUAGUGAGUUACUUUUUCUAUUUUGUGGCAUUUUUAAUACAAAAUCAGGUAAGUCACGGGUGCUUGGAGAACGAGAGAAUAGGCCUACUCGAAAUCAAGGACUACAUUUUAUCACUUGGCCGGAAUGAGUACAAUGAACUGGAAUUGGGUUCAUGGGUUGAAGAUAGAAUAAGCAAUUGUUGCGCUUGGAACAGAAUCAAAUGCUCUAAUAUCUCAAGUGGCCAUGUAACACACUUAUCCCUCGACAAUCUCAAUUCCAGGGGUGAGCAUUUGAUAAACGGUUCACUGUUUAGUCCAUUUGAAGAGUUGCUCAACCUCAACUUGUCUAGCAACGGCUAUCAAGGCUGGAUUAGCAAAGGCCGACUUUCAAGAUUGAUGAUGUUGGAGAACUUAGACCUUUCACAUAACUCAAUGAAUGGUUUCCUUUCUGAUCUAGGACUUCCGAGAUUGAUGAAGUUAGAGACUUUAGACCUUUCACAUAACGCAAUGAAUGGUUUCUUCUCAAAUAUAGAUAUUCAAAAACUGAGAAGAUUAAAAGUGUUAGACUUGAGUAACAAUAAUCUAUACGGGUCAAUUGAAGGAUUAUGCGAAAUGCAAGAUCUUACAGAGCUGGGUCUUAGCUCAAAUGCGUUUAGUGAUCAAAUUCCGGAGUGUCUAAGCAUCCUGAGAAACCUAAAAGUCCUUGAUCUAUCUCAAAAUAAAUUCAGUGGAAAUUUCCCAUCCUUUGUUAGGAAUAUGACAUCCCUCGUGUACUUGUCUUUCAUUGAUAAUUACCUUCAAGGCUCAUUUUCUUUGAGUACUUUGGCUAACCAUUCAAACCUUCAGGUUCUAUAUAUUUCUUCACAGAACCCCAGAGCACAAGUUGAAACUGAAAACUCACAAUGGUUUCCAACUUUUCAAUUAAAGUCCCUCAUCCUUCGAAGCUGCAACUUAAAUUUGGAUAAAGGAAGCACCAUUCCUAGUUUUCUCCAACAUCAAAAAGAAUUGCAAUUUAUCGACCUUUCGCACAACAAACUAGUUGGAGCAUUCCCAAGUUGGUUGAUACAAAACAACUCAAGACUCGAAUAUUUCUUGGUGAUGAAUAACUUAUUUGUUGGAAACCUUCAGUUGUCCUCCAUCAGACAAGAUAUUGUUCGCCUAGAUAUCUCAAACAACAAUGUUUCUGGUUCACUCCCUGAAGAUAUUGGUACAUUCCUUCCUGGAAUUAGAAUUUUAAAUCUGUCAAUGAACCACUUUGAAGGAAUUAUACCUACUUCAAUUGGUAAAAUGCAAGCACUUCACUCCUUGGAUUUGUCUCACAAUCUCUUCUCAGGUGAAUUACCAGAACAACUAGCCACAGGUUGCAUUAGCCUACUAAAAUUGAGGCUUUCCAACAACUUUUUCCAUGGGAAUAUUCCUAAAUUUUCAAUUUUUUCAUCCUUGACUAAGUUGUUUGUCAAUAAUAACAACCUCAAUUGCACUCUGAAACAAGUAUUGGAAAAUUUAAAUAGCAGAGGAUUGGUGAUAAUAGACAUAACCAACAAUUCAAUCUCAGGUGAAAUUCCUAGUUCAAUUGUGAAGCUGUCAAAAGCGUGGAUCCUUCUUAUGGGAAACAAUCAUUUGGAAGGUGAGAUCCCUUUAGAGCUCUCCAACCUAACAACGCUUUUUAUGUUGGAUCUUUCACAAAAUAGAUUAUCAGGGUCAAUCUCACAUGUUAAUCCGUCAAUCUUGAAGUUCUUGUAUUUGCAAAAGAAUGCUUUCUCAGGUUCCAUACCUCUCAAAUUUUUAGAGGGCUCAAACCUAGUAACUCUAGACUUGAGAGAUAACAAUUUUUCUGGAAAUAUUCCCAACUGGAUUGAUAAUCUGUCAAAUUUGCGGGUUCUUUCACUUGGAGGGAACAAUUUCCUUGGUCAUAUCCCAAUUCAGUUAUGUCAGUUACAAAAAAUCACCAUUAUGGAUCUUUCGCACAACAAGCUCAAGGGUUCAAUACCAUCUUGCUUGAACAAUUUGACAUUUGGAAUAGAAGAAAUUGAUUAUUCGCUCCCCCCAACAUUUCAAUUUUCAAUCAUGUCGAACAAAUCCCCAAUAGGAUCGGUUGUUAAUGCUAGUGUGUCAUUGUUUAUGCCUUCAAUUGAUGUCCCAGAGGAAGACAUAAAAGCUAUUGUUGAAUUUAGAACAAAGAAUAACUUUUACACUUUUAGCAGCAACAUCCUUGAGAAAAUGACUGGAAUGGAUUUAUCAAGCAAUAUGCUAACUGGUAGUAUCCCAUUUCAAAUUGGAAACUUGCAACAAAUUCGAGCCUUGAACCUGUCCCACAAUUACUUUUCAGGUUCUAUACCAAACACUUUUUCUAAUCUUGCCCAAAUUGAGAGCCUUGACUUGUCCUACAACAACUUGAGUGGCGAGAUACCUUCUCAAUUGACCAAUUUGAACUAUUUAGGGAUCUUCAAUGUGUCCUACAAUAAUCUUUCUGGAAUUGCACCUAGUGCAGGGCAAUUUGGAGGCUUUGUUGAAGACAACUACAGAGGUAAUCCUUAUCUUUGUGGAGCACUCCUUAAGCGAAAGUGUGAAGGUUCACCUUCAUCACCGCCAUCACAAUUCAAUGACACAGAAGGAAAGGAAACAAUAAUGGAUAUGGUAGCAUUCUAUUGGAGUUUCACAGCAUCUUAUAUAACAAUAUUGUUGGGCCUCACAAUAGUGUUAUGCAUCAAUGCUUAUUGGCGUAUGACCUGGUUUUAUUUCAUUGCUAAGACUAUACGUACAUGUUUUCCAACUCUUCCUUUGUAUUGAAGAAGUUUGUAGGACAAAGAAGAGAAGGUGCAAAAAGGCUACUGAUGAACUCGCUUAGCGAGACAGUUUGGCUAAGCGAGCCUCAUCCGCUUAGUGAGGCAGCCAACUCACUUAGCGGAUGGGAAACCCUAGAAAAGGAUAAGUCAAAGAUCUGCAUGCUCAGCGCCCAACCAGCCCGCCCAGUGAGGACGUUAUCUCUUCUCACACUCAACACCGUCACUAUCGCUUAUCGAAAUUUCACUUACUCUCGCUCAGCGAGACAUGCUCGCUUAGCGAGCCUUCGUGUGCUGAAAAGUCCAAGAACCUUUAAAACACUAAGAUUGGUGGAAACCAAGAGGAGAACCGUUCAAGCACCAUAACCAGAGGCUAGCGAAAGUGAAAAACAGGGAGAAUUAGGGCUGAGAGGUUGGAGAAGUCAUUCUCCAUCAUCUUCUUCCAAUUUCUUUCACCAAAAACAUUUUCUUUCUUUGUAUUUUGAAGUUUUGCUUGUAAUAGAAGGCUAAAGUCUUUUUGUUGGAGAGUAACUACUGAAACUCUUGAUGUAAUGCUCUUACUAUCUAUUUAAUGUUAUUUUUUUGGUAUUUUUUACUUC